AACUAAGGGUAGAAUAGGUAUAACAAAAGCCAAAGACCCUCUAAUUUGUAAUUCCAUUCUUCAGACACAACAUUAUACUUUUGCGCAUAGACAUCGGAAGGAGUGGGAGGAUUCUAGGGUUUCGUUUCUACAACUUCAUUCAUACUUUGAUUUUCAAUCAGGAUGACACAAGCAACCGAAACACCGUUCAGACAAAGAGAGAAGCUUUUGGAGAAGCAGAAAUAUUUCCAGAACAUCAGUAAGCAUACUCACUUGAAAGGGCCGUAUGACAAGAUUACAUCUGUUGCAAUUCCACUUGCUUUUACUGCAGCUUCACUUUUUAUGAUUGGACGAGGGAUCUAUAAUAUGUCAAAUGGAAUAGGAAAGAAGGAAUGACUUGACUAUUUCUUCUUAUGGAGGAGGUGGUUGUUUUGUAACUCAGAUCCAACAGAACCUCAUCAUUAUAUGGAUUCUUGAUUUUCUCUGCAUCCAUUCUUUUUUCUUAAUAAAAUUGCAUAAUUGCAAGUUUUACCACUCCAGUGAAAGUGGUUCUUUGUUUAUUUCAUAUAAUCAAUUGAUGACCCAAACUGCUGGUUUUUUA